AUGGCGGAAACAACCGAGCUUGAGAGGGCAGCGGCGAUGGUAGGGACGGUGUCGGGCCCGUUCCAGCCCGAGUACCUGGUGUGUCAGCAGGCGCCCCCCAUGAUUAGUUCACGGGGCUAUCGGUUCUCUGACCCGUUUGACGCCUCCUUGCCUCUCCUUAUGUUCCAGAUCAUCUUGAUCUUCUUCACCACCCGGCUCCUCCUCUUCUUCCUCAAACCUCUCCGCAUGAACCUCUUAAUGGGUCACAUUCUGACGGGAAUAAUCAUCGGUCCGGCCAUUUUAGGUCGCAACAAGACAUACUUUAACAAAGUGUUCCCGCCGAGCGGCAUAGUUACCCUGACGACAUUAGCAGAAGUAGGGUUCAUGAUUCACCUCUUCACCAUCGGCGUACAAGUCGAUACCCGCGUGAUGACCAAGAUUGGGAAGAGUGCUGCCUUCAUCGGGUCCGCGUGCUUCUUCUUGCCUUAUGCCUUAGGUUUCCUCACCUUCUCCAUGGUCAAAAGCUUCGGCAACUUGGAUGCCCACUUCAAGCAGUCCAUGCUUCUCAUCAUCGUCAUCAACUCGAUCUCCGCCUUCCCCGUCAUCACGUCGCUCCUCACCGACCUGCGGAUCUUGAACUCGGAGGUCGGCCGGAUGGCCACACAUGUGUCGCUGGUUUGUGACAUGUGGUCGUGGAGUGCGGCGCUGGCAGUCAGUACCUUCGACUUGGCCUUGCAGAGCUCCAAGAGGGACUCCGUGUGGUCAUUGGUCUCCACGAUCGCGUUCGUUGCGGCCAUUGCCUUCAUCGUUCGCCCGUUUUUGAGGUGGUCAAACAAAUGUGCAAAGGGAGGGGAAGAGGAGGAGGUGCAAUUCUACCGGGUAAUGGUUCUCCUGUUGUGUUGUGGGCUAUUGUCGGAAAUUUUCGGCCUACACACAGGCUUCGGGCCCUUUUUGAUGGGCUUGGUAUUGCCGGACAAGCCGCCCAUGGGGUCGACCUUAUUGCAGAAGCUGGACACCAUCUCCAAGGCGCUGCUGGUGCCGGCUUUCAUGGCAAUGAGUGGGUUGCGAGUCCAUCCGGCAGACGUGGGUGGAACAUCAUCGGCUUUCUUGGAGCUUAUCAUAAUGAUGGGUUACAUCGCCAAGUUCUGCGGGACGCUCGGGUCCGCCAUCUGCUGCGGCAUGCCGUUCUGGGACGCCAUCCCUCUGAGCCUCAUCAUGUGCUGCAAAGGCAUCAUGGAUAUCGCCGUUCUGGUCAUGUUUUACGAUAGGAAGAUCAUGCCUGGUCAGGUUUACAGUCAUCUACUCCUCACCAUGCUUAUUGUGACUACAUUGGCAAGGCCCAUCAUCGCCUACCUGUAUGAUCCAUCCAGGAGAUAUAUGGUCGAAGGAAGAAAAACCCUGCAAGAAUGGAAGGAAGGAGUUAAGAUGCAAUUCCUGGUGUGUCUCCACAAUGAAGACAACGUCCCCACCAUCAUGAACCUCCUCGAAGCCUCCCACCCCACUACCCGUAGCCCUAUCGCCGUCUUCGUCUUGCACUUGCGAGAGCUCAAGGGCCGCUCCACCUCAGUGCUCGUUCCCCAUCAACAGCUCCACGAGGCUUCCUCCAAGGGGACCAGCUACAACCACGCUGUCAACGUGUUCCAGUACUACGAGGAGCACAACAGAGGGAGCGUCGUCGUGCAGCACUUCACCGCCAUCUCACCCUACGCAAGCAUCCACAACGACAUCUGCACGCUCGCCUUGGACAAGGGGACCAACCUCGUCAUAGUGCCCUUCCACAAGACGUGGGCCAUAGACGGGUCCAUGGAGUCAACCGAGCGCACAAUCAGGAACGUGAACAAGAGCGUGAUGAAUAAGGCGCCCUGCUCCGUGGGAAUCCUCAUCGACCGGGGCCCCUUGACAAGCAACCGGGACAUGCUGAUGAGCAAGUCAGAGCCAUAUCAGAUAGCCAUGCUCUUCUUGGGCGGUGCGGAUGAUCGUGAGGCGCUCGCUUAUUGUAUGCGCAUGGUCGAGCAUCCGAAGGUCGACCUAACAAUAGCCCGGGUCAAGAACGAUGACUACCUGAACGGAGAGGAAAGCCAUCUCGAUCAAGAACUGAUAGAUUAUUUCCGGGCUACUGUAGGCAAGAGAAAAGUCAAGUACGUAGAGGAGACGGCAAUGGAUGGGGUGGGGACUACGCAGGUGAUCUGCUCGUUCGAGGACGCGGUUGACCUGUUGAUCGUAGGCAAGCAUCAUGAUCCCUUGUCUCCGCUUAUCUCGGGUUUGACCGAGUGGAACGAGUACCCGGAAUUGGGGGUCAUCGGCGACAUGCUAGCGACUUCCGAUUUCCAGUUCUCCGUCUUAGUAGUGCAGCAGGAGCCCGUGGCGCUCAACCUGUCUUCGGAGAUGAGCGGAUCUCGGAGUCACAGCCGCUCCUUGCCGUUAUCCACUACGGAGCAAGGAAAUUGA